AUGGCCUCAUCGCAUACUGAUAACUUGCUAAAACUGGAGACAGCCUCUACACCAAUGUCGAGACCGGAAGUAAAACUUACACAGGGCACUCUCUUGGGUACGACCUUGCAGGGCGACUAUCCACGAGCGGUUGAAGCCUUCAAAGGAGUUCCCUAUGCUUUACCACCAACAGGUGAACGCCGAUUUCGAGCACCACAAAAGGUAGCACCUAGUCAAGACACUAUAGAUGCUUCGAAUUUCGGCCCAAGAGCUCCAGCACAGCAGCUCAUGAUAGUUGGACCGAAGCUCGAAGAGAGUGAAGACUGUCUCACAGUGAACGUCUUCCGGCAAGUUCAACCCGACAAAGCGACCGCGCUGCCAGUUGCAGUCUAUCUCCAUGGAGGGGCUUUCAAUCGUGGAAACGCCGCGAUGCACGACACCGCGUCCAUGCUUGGAUGGUCCGAACUUCCCUUCAUCGCAGUAUCGUUCGGUUACCGCAUAGGAGCGUUAGGCUUUUUACCAUCAAAGUUGAGUGCUGCAGAAGGUGCGCUCAACUUGGGCUUGAAGGAUCAGAUUUGCUUGCUUGAUUGGGUUGAAGAAAAUAUCGAGCACUUUGGUGGCGACAAGGACAACGUAACGCUCAUAGGGCUCUCGGCCGGCGCACAUUCGAUAGGCCACCACCUCUUGAACUAUGAGGAGGGCGUAAAGCCCAAGUUCCACCGUGUUAUCAUAGAGUCCGGUGCGCCAACAUCCCGCGCUGUCCGCAACCCCGACGCAGAGAUCCACGAAAUGCAAUUUAAUGACUUUCUGAAAGAAGUUCAAUGUCCUUCAUCCCUGCCCGAGUCAGAAAUCUUCAGCUUCCUCCGCAAACUUCCCACCUCUACAGUCGCCAAGGCUCAAACUAAGGUAUUUCAAAAGUAUAACCCUAGUCUACGCUGGGCGUUCCAACCCGUAAUCGACAACGAAAUCAUCCGUCGUCGUCCAAUCGAUGCCUGGCGAACAGGCAAAUGGCACAAGAUGCCCAUUAUGACUGGGUUUCAAGGCAACGAAGGCUCGCUGUACGUCAACAAGAAGAUGUCGACUUCCUCGGAAUUUCUGGAUUUCUGGAGGACCUUGCUGCCACAGAUGAGCGACGAGGACAUCCAGACGAUACACAAGUUGUACCCCGACCCAACUGAGGUGCCUGAUUCUAUCUACAAAGAAACGCGGCUUGAGCAUGGUGUCGGCCCUAUGUACAAGCGUAUCGAGGCGGCUUACGCACACUACGCGUACGUAGCUCCAGUCCGCCAGACAGCUUUCUUCGCCAGCCAAGAUGCUCCUGUCUAUCUCUACCACUGGGCAAUGAGACGCGAUAUCGUCGAUGGAGCCCGUCACGCAGACAACAUGUUCUAUGAAAUGAGAGACCCUAGGUUCAUUUCAAAAUCCAAGAGUCAGGACGAAUUGUCGGGUGUCCUGCAUGCGUAUAUUACUAGCUUCAUCUGUACUGGCACGCCGAAUGGGCUUGAAGGCUCGUAUAAGAACAGAACGGAGUGGAAGAGCUAUGAUAGAGCGGAUCCGAAUGUCAUGAUCUUUGGAAAAGACAAUGAGGAGUUUAUUGGUGGGCAGACUAUCGGUGAGCCGGCUAUUAUGGUCGAGGAUACGUAUGCGAAGGAGGAGAGUGACUUCUGGUGGUCUAAGGUCGAACUGUCUCAGCAGUAG